AUGCCUUUAUUUGUUCUUGGAUCAAAUUUAAUGGGCCAGCUAGGAUUAGAUCAAGACUUGUCAUCCACAAACAGGCCUAUCGAGCAGCCAUUCUUCAGAAACAAAAACAUUGUAAAAAUUGCAGCUGGAAAGCUGCAUGCUUUCAUACUGUGCGAAAACAACGAACUGUAUAGCUGGGGUGUGAAUGAUGAUCGUGCAUUGGGAAGAGAGGGAGACGAAAGAGCACCUACACCUGUUGCAAUUACCCAGAAGAUCAUGGAUAUUUGCUGCGGCGCUUCAUAUUCCGCAAUUCUAACUGAAAGAGGACAGGUAUUUGCCUGUGGCACAUUUAAAAGCACAUCCGGUGUGUUUGGAUUUGAUUCAACCACGAAAUUCCAGCCUACUUUUAAAAGAAUUAAAAAUUUAAGGAAUAUCAAAAAGAUUUUCGGGGGACAGAACCACAUAAUAAUGACGGAUGGGCAUAAUAAUCUCUGGACAGUUGGUGCAAAUGAGCAAGGACAGCUGGGUAGAAUCCACCGUGCUAGAAAUGUUAAGAGAUGUCUUGAACCCUUUCAGGUUUCAUCCAAAAUGAAGAGAAAUGCAAACUUUUCGUUUACAAAAGCAGCAGGUGGUGGAUCCCACUCUAUGGCAAUUAACACGGAUUUUGAAUGUUUUGGUUGGGGAUCCAAUUUUAACGGCCAGCUUGGCGUUGGUGAUACAACCUCCUCAGAGGAAAAGAGAAUAGUUCUACUGGAUAAUGUGAAGAGUGUAGCAUGUGGGUCUACACACACAAUAUUUCUCACGAACAGUAAUGAGGUCUUUGGCUGUGGCGACAAUACUCUUUCCCAGCUUGGAAUAGAAGGCACAAAAAUGGAGGUUACUCCUCGUUUCAUUAUUGGAAAUAUUGAUAAGAUAGCUGCUGGCUGCGACUUCUGCAUUGCACAGCGCGGAUCAAGGCUUUUAAGCUGGGGGUCCAAUCUGAAUGGAGAACUUGGCUUCGACGAAAUAGAGUAUGAUGAAAUCAAGAAGCCAACUGAGAUUGAUUUUUAUUUUGGAGAAGUUGUAGAUUUUAAAUGCGGAACCGAUUUUGUGAUAAUACACACUAAGUGA